AUGGGCAAGCGAGAGGUGCGCGCGGGGGUGAGUCCCGCGGAGCGGGAGGAGCGGAUGCGCGCGGCGAGGGAAAUGGCUAAGGAGCUCCCCAUUUCUGCAGUGCAGCAGCAGCUGGUGGAGGAGGUGCGGGCGGCACACACACUCGUGGUGGUGGGCGAGACCGGCAGCGGCAAGACCACUCAGCUCCCUCAGUUCAUCCUCUCAUCGGGCCUGCUCGCCCCACACCAAGCCAUCGCCGUCACACAGCCACGCAGAGUGGCAGCAGUGACGGUGGCGGCGCGCGUGGCGGAGGAGAGGGGCGUGGGCGUGGGGCAGGAGGUGGGUUACAGCGUGCGCUUUGAGGACGUCACCAGCUCGCACACGCGCAUCAAGUACCUCACUGAUGGCAUGCUGCUCAGGGAGGCUCUGGUGGGCCCUUGUAUUGAGCUGCUACGGCACGGCGUGGUGGUGGACGAGGGUCAUGAGCGCACAGUGAAGCACCCAGCACUUCUGGACCCGCUGUUGAGGCGCUACGGCGUGGUGGUGGUGGACGAGGCCCAUGAGCGCACCGUGAACCACAGGGAGGCUCAUGAACCACUCUUCCCUCCCCCCACGCCCACUUGUACACCCUUCAGGGAGGCGCUACUAGACCCUCUUUUAAGGCGCUACGGAGUGGUGGUGGUGGACGAGGCCCAUGAGCGCACCGUGAACACGGACGUGCUGCUGGGCCUGCUGCAGCAGGUGCAGGCCCGCCGCCAUGCACUCGCCACAGGGGGGACGGGAGCAGGGACGGGCGGGCCGGGGCAGAAGGGGAAGGUGGUGGGCGGUGGGAGAGAGGCGGAGGAUGGCGCCGUUGAGGGGCAGAAGAGACAGAAGCGGCGGAGAGGAGAGGAGGGCAGGGAGGGAGAGGCAGACAGAGAGGCGGAUGGGCAAAUUGGGGAGGCUGCUGCAGGCACAGGCGUAAACACAGGGGCAAGUGCAAGCGCAGUCACAGGCACAGGGUCAAGCGAGGGCGAGCUGAAGCUGAUAGUGAUGUCGGCCACCCUGGAGUCGCGCAAGUUCCUCGAAUUCUUCCCCGCCGCCCACGCUGUGUACAUCCGCGGCAGGCAGCACCCCGUGCAGGUGCUCUACACUCCCGCCCCCGAGCCUGACUUCCUCGACGCGGCGCUGGUAACCGUGUUACAGAUACACACGGAUCACCCUAUAGAGGGUACAGCCCCGGGGCAGGCGGGGGAUAUUCUCGUGUUUCUCACGGGGCAGGAGGACAUAGAGGCCAUGGCCAGGCUGCUGCAGGAACGUGCGGCGAAGCUUCCUCCCGGCACGCCGCCGCUGGCUGUGGCGCCCAUCUAUGCGGCGCUGCCAGCGGAGCAGCAGAUGAACGUGUUCCGCCCCGCUCCCGCUGGGUGCAGAAAGGUAGUCCUGGCAACCAACAUAGCGGAGACGUCAGUGACCAUCCCGGGGAUUCGCUUUGUGGUGGAUGCGGGGCUGGUGAAGGCGCGGGCCUUCAACUGCCGCACGGGUGUUGACUCACUCGUGGUCGUGCCCGUGUCCAAGGCACAGGCCCGCCAGAGGAGUGGGCGAGCGGGCAGGGAGGCGCCAGGAAAGUGCUACCGGCUGUACACAGAGGGCACGUUCGAGGCGCUGCCAGAGGCGCCCGUGCCGGAGAUGCUGCGCUGCAACCUCGCCUCUGUGGUGCUGCAACUCAUCGCUCUGGGUGUCAAGGACCUGCUCUCCUUCCCCUUCCUCGACCCGCCACCACAGGCGGCCAUACUGCGGGCGCUGGAGCAUCUGUUCUCGCUGGGAGCGCUCACGCCAGAGGGGAGCCUGUCGCCACAGGGGAAACACAUGGCACGCUUCCCCCUCGACCCCGUAUUUGCCAAGGCCAUACUGGAGGCAUAUCGCCUGGGAUCAGCAGGAGUGGCGGACGACAUGGUGGCAGCGGUGGCCAUGCUCUCUGUCGACUCGCCCUUCCACACGCCCUCGCAUGCUGCUGCUGAGGCUCAUGCUGCCCGAAAGAGAUUUUUCUGCCCCGAUGGCGACCAUCUCACGCUGGUGAACGUUCUGCGGGGUUAUCUGGCAGCGGGCAGCAAAAACACCGAGGCUGAUGACGUGGCAAAUGACGGGAGCAACAAAGAUGGGAGUGGUGGUGGGGGUCCGGGGUUUGGGCGGCAGGCGAAAGCGAGGGAGGGGAGGGUGCGGGCAUGGUGCAAGGCACACUACCUCAAUGGGCGCUCUCUAAAAAAGGCAGCAGACGUGUAUCGGCAAUUGCAAGCGUACUGUCACGGCCUCUCUCUACCUGUUGUCUCCAACUCGACGCUUCCUCCAUCGUCAUCAUCAGCACUUGCAGCCACAGGCACCGCGGCAGAAGCAGCAGCGCAGCGGCGGGACGAGUCGGUUGCGUUUCGGCGGGCGCUGACAGCAGCCUUCUUUGCCAACGCUGCCAAGAAGCAAGCUGAUGGCACAUACAGGUACGUGAGGGUGGGCACGUGCAGGUACGUGAGGGUGGGCACGUGCAGGUGUGCGCAUGAGAAUGCAGUGAUAGCCUCGCGCACCCUCAUGCGCACACCACUCUCAGGUGCUGUGCUCUCAGGUGCCAUGCUCUCAGGUGCCAUGCUCUCAGGUGCCAUGCUCUCAGGUGCCAUGUUCUCAGGUGCCAUGCUCUCAGGUGCCAUGCUCUCAGGUGCCAUGCUCUCAGAUGCUCUGCUCCUCAGCCCCCCCCGGCCUUGUUACCGCCACCACGUUCUGCCUGCCUUCAUAUUGCCCGCCUCUCUGCCUUCUCACCUGCGCCCUCACCUUCCCAGGGCACUAGCAAGUGGGCUGCAGGUGGUUGCGAUUUACCCAACCUCUGCCUGCCUUCACUAUUGA